AUGGCCGCCAAAUCUGAAUAUAAACCUAAAGCCACCGGCCCCAAGGGCGGCAAAGCCAAGUUGGGCGAUGCGAGAAAGCGAAAAGCCUGUCGCGAAGCCAAAGAAGAUCAAGGCGGUAAAACCUGCGGAGAAGGAGAACGCCGGCAAAACGUCCAUUCAAGAAAAGCCCCCAAGGAGAAGAGGCAAGCGAAGAAGAAGGCUAUUGAUGAGGCCGCAAAUACCGACCAGGAUGAAACUACCGCCAAGGCCGUAUCGGGGGCACAAGAUAGCGACCCUGAGGCUGAAGGAGACGACGAAGCAGGCAACGCUGAGGCCGACGCCCUAGCCGCCGCCAUCGACAGUGGAGACGAAGCCGAGGAGGUUGACAAGGCCAUUGCGCAGAAGGCGCUGGAGGCCGCCAGGAAUGAGAAGCCCGGUGUCGUCUACGUUGGCCGCAUCCCCCACGGUUUCUACGAGCACGAGAUGAGGCAAUACUUCACCCAGUUUGGCCCUAUUACUCGGCUAAGGCUUUCAAGGAACAAGAGGACAGGCGCGAGCAAGCACUUUGCCUUUAUUGAAUUCGCGCAAGAGACCACCGCCGAGAUCGUCGCCAAGACCAUGGACAACUAUCUCCUCUUCGGCCACAUUCUCAAGUGCAAGGUUGUCCCAUCCGAGAGGGUACACAAGGACCUCUGGGUUGGGGCUAACCGCCGGUUCAAGGAGGUGCCUUGGAACAAGAUGGCUGGGAACGAGCUAAGCAAGCCCGCGACGCAAUCAGCCUGGGAGAGGAGAGUCACGAGGGAGCAGAGGAGGAGGACGUUGAAGGCGGAGAAACUCAAGGAGCUCGGAUACGACUUCUCCGCCCCAGUUAUCAAGGCCAUUCCCGCCCCGGUAGCACAGGCGAAGCCCGCCGAGAUUGAGGGAGAUGCUGAAAAGUCAGAGGAAGUGGAAGAGGCCCCAAAGGCACUUCCUGAACCCCUGUAG